UGGACCGUUUCACUAUGCGUGUGCUCAGUUAUCCCGGCUAGACUGAUGACGUUCGACAGGCCUUGAGCAAAACUUCCUGCUCCCUUCUGCCUCCGAGAAGUUAAAGCCUGUAUUCGCGGGGGGAUCCGCUCCCUUUGCUUUUUGAACCCGUGUUCCUCGCUGCUGUUCUCCGUUGAUCGUUUUAAACUUGCCGGUAGAGCUGUCUUCUGUCCUCUUACUGCCUGGUAGAUCAGAAAAAAACUUCUACAAAGGGAAGAUGUAGUAUUUGAAGACUGUGUUUAUAAUACCUGGGUAGCAGUAAUUCCUCAGGGUGCAUGAAAUAUUGGAUGCCUGUGGAAAGCCAUGGCAGCUGAUGAUAAAGUUGCCAUUUUAACAGACGAUGAAGAAGAACAGAAAAGAAAGUAUGUACUUGCUGAUCCUUUCAAUGGCAUUUCCAAGGAUCAAGACUUGCAGCCCCAGAACGAAUCCCCUUCGACAGAGACAACCACUGUCCCAGAUGAAGAGCUAGACUGGUUAGAAAAGCACUGUGUCAAAAUAAACAACGAUCUUCUGAUUUCAAAGGUCUUCUAUUUUUUCUUCUAUUCUGCAUAUGGCUCUCUCUACCCCUUGCUGCCCGUGUAUUACAAGCAGCUGGGUAUGUCACCCAGCCAGAGCGGACUUCUGGUGGGCAUUAGGUACUUUAUUGAGUUCUGCAGUGCUCCCUUCUGGGGAGUGGUGGCAGAUCGCUUUAAGAAAGGGAAGAUUGUCCUUCUCUUUUCACUUUUAUGCUGGGUUUUGUUUAACCUGGGAAUCGGAUUUGUGAGACCAGCCACCUUAAGAUGUGUACCAAAGGGCCUUCCCCCAGCCCAUCCCACCAAUGCAAGCAACCUUUUAACAACAGUUUUGCAAAAUGCCUCUAUUUCUUCUCUGCUAACCACAGCAAAUACUACAUCCCAGAAAGUUCGUGGGAAGAGAGACGUGUUCACUUCCAGUUCAGUCACUCUGGAAACAAUAGGGACUGCUAAUCCUGAAAUAACAUUCCUGUUACCUACUCAGAGCAAUGACAUGGAGUUUGCCUUGGAAAACAGUUCCCGUUUGAUUUUGAAAAACACGACUGCUAGCCCAGUCUCACCAGGAAAUAUGACUCGGAGUACCACUCCAGCUGCUACCACCACAAAGCCAAUGCCUUCUGACCAAGCUGUGCUUGUUUAUGAUCAUCAAGAAGUAGAAGCCAUCUUUCUACUCAUUCUGUUGGUUGUCAUAAUAGGAGAAUUUUUCAGUGCUUCUUCUGUUACUAUUGUGGACACUGUAACUCUGCAGUACCUCGGUAAACACAGGGACCGGUAUGGAUUGCAGCGCAUGUGGGGAUCUCUGGGCUGGGGGCUAGCCAUGCUGUCCGUGGGAAUUGGCAUCGACUAUACCCAUAUCGAAGUUGGCAUUGAAGGUCAAGGAUGUAAAGCUCCUGAGUACAAGAACUACAGGAUAGUUUUCAUAGUGUUUGGUGUCCUGAUGACAAUGGCAUUGAUUGUGGCCACACAGUUCCGAUUUCAUUAUACGCACUUCAAGCAAGAUGAAGAUAAGAAAAAAGAAGUAGAAGUAUCACAGGUGGACAGAAGUAUCUCCAAUGAAUCCUCUGAUAAUACUCCCACCAGUAUGAGCCAGUCGCAGUCUUUCAAUUUUUGGGAUCUAAUAAAACUGCUGUGUAGUAUCCAGUAUGGCUCUGUGCUCUUUGUGGCUUGGUUCAUGGGGUUUGGAUAUGGCUUUGUGUUCACCUUCCUUUACUGGCACUUGGAAGACCUGAACGGCACUACCACUCUCUUUGGAGUUUGUUCUGUGCUCAGCCACGUGUCUGAGCUGACUGCCUACUUCUUCAGCCACAAAUUGAUUGAAUUGGUUGGUCAUAUCAGAGUGCUCUAUAUUGGUCUUGCCUGUAAUACAGCUCGCUACAUUUACAUCUCGUAUCUGGAAAAUGCCUGGACUGUUCUCCCUAUGGAAGUACUUCAAGGUGUUACGCAUGCAGCUAUAUGGGCAGCUUGUAUUUCAUACCUUAGUGCAGCGGUGCCUCCGGAGUUGAGAACGUCAGCCCAGGGAAUCCUGCAAGGUCUCCACUUGGGUCUGGGAAGAGGAUGUGGGGCUAUGAUUGGAGGGGUUUUGGUCAAUUACUUUGGUCCUGCGGCAACAUUCAGGGGAAUAGGAAUGGCUUGCUUAGUGAUUCUUCUUCUAUUUGCACUGAUCCAGUGGAUGUUGGUUCCUGAUGAAGAAGAAGAAAAGACAAUGCUGGCAGAAAGGAUCCCAGUGCCUUCCAGUCCUGUUCCCAUAGCAACUAUUGACCUUGUGCAGCAGCAAUCGGAAGAUAUCAUGCCUCGAACUGAGCCCAGACUCCCUCUGAAGAAAACCAAACACCAAGAAGAACAAGAGGAUGUGAACAAGCCUGCCUGGGGGAUCAGCUCUUCUCCUUGGGUCACCUUAGCUUAUGCCAUCUAUCAAAUAAAAGAGAUGGUUAAGCUAUCCAAAACCAAUCCAACUCCUGAGAAUCAGCCUUUGCAGAAAAUCAAUGAGAAUUGCAGUGCUUCACCAGCCAGCUCAGCAGGACAACCCCAAAAUGUGAUAGAUUCUGGGCAGUCCAGAGAUUGCUCAGCACCACCAACAACAUCAGAUUCCCAACUAGGCGGCGAGCACAUUGUGUUGGACUGUGACACUCAGCCUGCUGUUGCAGGGCCCUGAGACGUGUUCAUCUUAUCAAAUCCAGUGCAUGGAAUUCUGCUUCUCAGCUGGGAAACGCUGGAGUAGGAGCUCAAAAGUAGGACUUCCUUCAUCUUAAUGAUCAUACUGUGAUGCAGUGCAAGCUUUUAACUAUAUAAAGAACAUUCGUAUGACUACACAGAGCAACGUGAGCUGGGAAGCCAAAAGUUUGGAAUGCUUGAGGGAAGCGAUGAGAUUGGAUCUAUCUGCAGGAAGAAUUUUUGGCUGCUUUGCUAAAGUUUAGUCAAAUGUUAUGAGAUUUCUUUGCAGUCCGUAGAAAAAGGGAGGAGUUCACUUUUCUCUUGCUCAGGCACAGAGUAUCUGACUUAGUCAGCUUAUUUUUUUUCUUUAAAUUUGUUCCUAAGACAAAGAGACUUUAGGAGAGAAACUGAGUUUCCCUGAAUAUUCUUUUAGAAAAUAUCAGACCUGAUAAAUAUAGGUACAGAGACAGUUUCAUGCUGUUAAGAUUUCUCAGAAACAGAAUGGCUUUAGCAAGCAUAUCUUCAUAUUGAGGUGAUGGAUUAAGUAAAACACACAGCCUAUUCUUUGAAGGCAACAUUAUCAUGUUUGAGAUACAGGUCUAGUUCUGCAAAGCAGAGAUAUUGAACUGGCAUUUUAGUGAAACAAAAAAAACUGGAGGAAGGGUUUUAAAAAAGCUAACCUCUGUGCUUGUAACUCUCAGUUGGGGCCUAUGUUGUGUGUGGGGGGGGUAACUUUAGGGUUGAAGUUGUAUCAGGACAACAAUCUGAUCAAGAUUGCGCAAGCUGAGAUUGAUCAAGGUUUUCAAUGGACACUGACUUUUUAUUUUUUUAUUUCAUCAUCUAUACAAUGGUUUAUUUAAUGAAGUGUUGUUACUGUGGUUAUUUAUUAAGAAAACAGUAAGCUUUAAGUGCCUGGGGAAGGUGGGAGGGCAGGGAUGAAUUACCUAUAACUUGGUUAGGAUUUCAGGGGGAAAAUUGUUGAUGCAAAAGUCAAGUAACAUGAGAGAUUCUCAGGAGGAAGGAAGUGUAGCUAAAUAGCAGUAUGUUUAGAAAAUUACUUUGCCCAAUGUCAGAACACUGCAAGAUUUCUGAAUUAUGUUUUGCCCUGCUUUUCAAUGUUAACUGUGGCCAGCUUAGUUGCUGGUGCACAGUGUAAAUUGCUGCUGAAAGAAAAAUUCUUGGGCUCAAGGUAGGAGUCUGUGGGGUUUAGUCAGGAUAGUGUUUUGGCCCCCUUGCUUCCAUUAACAGCUUGAUCCUGGGAGAUGCUGAGCACUCAGCUUUUACAGGACUGAGUAAGUACUGCUUAGCCCUCCUUGGAAAUCAGGCGUAUGUGAUGCACCUUCCAUGGGGAAGGUGCCUGCUGUACAGCCUGUGCAAUGAUCCAGGUGCAAGUUUCACAGGAGCACAGGGUUGGGGGAGAAGAAGGUGACAGCAGCUCAGAAGGAAAGAGGAUAUGCAGUUUCACCCACUUUGAAAUCCAGUUAGCUUGACUGAAGGGUCUCCCAUAGCUGUGCGUUAGCUGUGCUUUUAGUACAACCCAUGUUCUGGUGCCUGGGACCAACACCAUAGAAAAUAAAAAGAAACAUUGAUAACUAGCCACUAGUUACUUUUUUUGCACUUGAACUUAAAUGUACUGUACUCAUGUAAAUCCUCAUGACUUGUUUAAGUGUCCUUUAAAACCAGAAAUGUAUUUAUUGUAUGUUUGUAUAACUUGGGGGAGAACUAACAGAACUGAACAGGUGACAGGACAGAAGGAUGCUAAGAAUCAUCAGGCAAACCAUUUGUAGAGUUCAUGCUGUAUGGUGUUACCUCAGCUUUUACUGCAUAGCACCUGGAUUGUGAGGUGAAGAGCUUGUACACUGUGUUUACACUUCAGAAUUGUUUAUUUGAAAUGCCUGCUCUUUUUGGAAAUGUACAGUCAUUCUGUGUUGCAAAAUGGACAUGUACACCUGGGUUUUGAUAUUUGUGAAACUGUAAAAAGUGUAGUAAGAAAUAUAAAAUAGUCAUAAUGUAUUUAAUAGUAUCAAUCUGAGCUUUUAUUACAUUUGCUUAUUUUAUGGCAUCAGCAGUGAACGUAAUCACCUGAAUUGAAAAUAAUUAAAUUAUAAUUACCUUUU